CGCGAUUUGUUUUGGCGUCAUAUGUUGUAUCUCUUGAAAGCAAGAGUGAUCUUCCAUCGAGCUAGCUAAUACAUUUACUUUAUUUUCACACAAUCAAUUAUGUCGCACAGUCACGGAGAAGACGAUUGCUGCUCAGAAGACCACGGGAGUGUUGGCCAAUCGAGAUUGGAGAGUUAUGUAUUCAGUAAGGAUCGCCUUUUCCAAAGCAAAGUGUUGUAUAAAGUCCGUGGUAGCAGCACACGUGGGGAUGCCAUCAUGCUGUAUUUUGGAUCGUGUUUGAUUGCACUUUUUAAAAUGUAUUUUUUUUUUUACAAUGAGAGUAACCGAUUUAGAGAGAAAUGUAUUAUAAGAAAGACUGCUAAAAUAUAUUUACAUUUUAUCAUAAUUAUUAUACACCACAGCUGUACGCGCUAAUGUUACAUCCGCCUCUGAACCACACUUGUAAUGUUAGCUAAAAUUGUAACAUUGUAUCUUCGUAGGUUGUGAAUUAUCCUCCAAAGUACCGUUCUACACUUUCCAAGGGGACGAAGAGGAGGAUUUGGAACACUUUCUCGAGCUACGGACGGUAGGUCUUACUUUAAGCUAGCUAACUAUAUCACUUCACUCUCUUUUGUACAGUUAGACUAACUUUUUUCUGAGACAUGAUAACGUUACUCAUGACAUUGGAACCAAUUGUUCUCAGAUGUGCCAGGGUCUAGAGUUCUGUUGCUGUAGCAUAGCGUACACGCCUCUGAUACAGAAAAGUUAGCGAAUCAAUGUUGUAAUGCCUCUUCAAAUCCACUGUAUGAUUCUAUUUAGAGGGAGCGAAGUCCCUGCUGUACAAAUACUGGAUAAAUCUGUUGUCUUCUAUCUCUAGGUUUGCCUAGGAGAGGGAGCGAAGGAGGAGAGUAAUGUGGUGGAGGUGACCGCUAUGAACCACCAGGGGAAAACUAUCUCUGUACCCGUCGCCAACCUCCAUAUCAACUGCCUGCCCAUGGUGAGUGGCACACAUACACCACCACCUAGUUCAGACUGGGAGGGGAAGGAAUUCAAAAGAAGACGCUUCUACAAUCUCCUACACGCUGCUUAUUUGUAAAGUUUCUGACUUUCCACAUGUGGGAAAUGAAACAAUCUCAUAAUGCACUGGCCACCUGUAACACUUGGAGGUUUCAGAUGUUUGUCUAGUUCUUAGGCAUUUGUGUGGAUCUGAAAGGGCUAGGGAUCGAUUUUGGAUUAAAUGUCUGUCUUGCGGUGUGUGUGGUUGGCAAUCUCAAUUGUUCUCUUCCUCAGGUGAGUCUUGGGGAGUUUGAGUUGAAGGCCCCCGUCACCAUCAGACUGAAGUCGGGUACCGGACCAGUGACCGUUAGCGGUCUACACCUCAUUGGUAAGAUGAUUGAUUGAUUGAAUAAUUGGCCUGUAAGGACAUGAUCUUGACCACAUAUACAUUAAAGGAAAGAUUCACCCGUCAUAUGAUGCAAAACUCGUCAUACCGGCUGUAUUUCUACCUGCUUGAACAGCAAUAGCUCAGAUACACAUGAAAACAUGAAAUGACCCUGGGAAUUGAUAAAACAUCGCUUAGAGAUGCACAAAAACUAUAUAACAUUCAAAAUGGGUGAAUCUUUCCUUCAAAGGGACAGUCUGUAAGUUCUCUGACCUGUUGGCAGUGAGAGAGUAAACGGUCCUAACCGAGGACCCCUUUUUUCCUAGUGAUUGAUAACUUGUCCUCUUCUCUACCAGCCUCUGACAAUGCUGACACUGACAUGUCUAGCGAAGAAGAAGACUUUGACGAGGAGAUAAUCCCCAUCAAACCAGCCAAAAAGAAACAGAAGUUGUAAAAGGAAUGGAUCUCGUGUCCUGGAUAUAAGAUUAAUAAAUGGGUUUUUAGGGAAUAAAGGCAAGAUCUUCUUGUACCUAUAGGAAAUUCAAAUAUUCUCUAUCCCACUGCAAAGUUGUUUAGGAAUGUGGGAAGAAAAAUACUGGGGGGAAAUUAUGGAUGAAAGGUGCGCGAAUGUGGACCUCAUGUUUGAUCUUUGACUGUAGCCAUGUUUGGGUUGUGGUUACUGAACCAUGUCCAAGGGGUUAGUCUACUCUCUGGCCUGUUGGAAAGAGCUCUUGGUCUGCAGUGUUUUCAGCUGCAGAAAUGUUUUGUUUCAUUGCAAUUGAUUCUUUAAAAUGUAUUAAAUACAAUUAAGAUCCUAAGAUGUUUUUUUUAGUAUUAUUAUAACAAGUGUUUGGUUGAGUGGAGAUGGAUAACUAAGCUUUUAGGAAAUAUCAGGCCGGGAUUCAAUCCGAUUGGCCCUUUUCGGCAAUGCGGAAACCACAUUGACGGUGAACGGUGCAUAUGUCGGUUCAAUCGGAAAUGACCUUUUAAAUGUCAAUGAUCUAAAGCUGAUCGGAAUGAAUCCCUGCUAUAGUUUCCUAAAUACUUUUUCAUGGUUACAGCACCAGCAAUUGACUGAAUUUUUUUACUCCUGGCUUUCAGGAAAGUUACCUUUUUGUGGGUGAAAGUGGAAUAUACAUUCAUGUUUGCAUGCUAUCGUUUAUUUGGAAAACAUAUUAAACCUAAUUGUAAAUGGGGUUUCCAGGUUGGUGGGGAAGGGGGUUGGAGAGGUGGGUGUUAAUGUAUUGGUGUUUUCCUUGCUCUUCUGGCUGGGUUGGAUUUGAACAAAUCUGGAUAAAUAAGUUAAGUCAGGUAACUUUGAGAAACACUCACUCUAACAUUGAACAUAGGUUAUUAAAAUUAGCCACACACAAAAAUUACGAUCCGUUUCGUACUAUUUAGGGAAAUGAAAGCUGGCAAAUUUAUUGAUCCUUUGUAAUAUUACCUUUAAUUUUUUUGUGUGUAAAUUUUCAGAUUGUAUAAAUAAAAACAGUUUUGGUUAUUAUUAAGAA